CUCUUCCGUCCGGCCAGGAUAAGCUCGAAGAACCACGAUUUCGACGACGGCAAGCAAUGGGGAAAGGUACUGGAAGCUUCGGUAAGAGAAGGAACAAGACACACACUCUGUGUGUCCGCUGUGGUCGUCGGAGCUUCCAUCUCCAGAAGAGUCGAUGUUCCGCAUGUGCUUAUCCUGCAGCUCGCGUGAGGAAAUAUAACUGGAGCGUGAAGGCGAUCCGGAGGAAGACGACUGGUACUGGUCGCAUGAGGUAUCUCCGUCAUCUGCCACGCAGAUUCAAGAGCAAUUUCAGGGAAGGUACUCAGGCUGCUCCCAGGAAGAUAGCUGCGUCGGCUUCGACUUAAGAUUCUGAGGAAUUACAUCCAAACUAAUAUCCGGUAUCAAUCAAGCAUAUUUCCUUUAGGGCAAUUAGUGUAGGUGAACAUUGUUUUGUGCUAUUAAUCCCGUAAUCUGUUUUUAAGUCUUGUUUUGGAAAUUUUGUUAUUCUGAUUUAUGAAUCAUGACUCAUUUUGAUGCAAUCGUUUGUGAUGUUAAACGUUUUGAUGCUC